AAAAACUCACAACAAAGAAAUUUCACAGGGAGAGAGAGAGAGAGAGAGAGAGAGAGAGAGAGAGAGAGAGAGAGAGAGAAUGGGAGAUUGCAGGCCAUUGGGUUUCUUGCUGGGACUGCCUUUUGCACUGGUGGCAUUGUUGUUAUCCGUUGUGGGUGCAGUUGUGUGGGUUAUUGGGUCUGUGCUGAGUUGCUUGUGCCCAUGCUGCAUAUGUUGUACCGGACUUGCGAAUAUGGCUAUGGCUCUUGUGAAGCUUCCUGUGAAAAUCCUUAGAUGGUUCACUCGUCAGAUUCCUUGUUAGCACUUAAUUUAUUAUUCCUUCUGGUUUUUUUUUUUUUCUUGCUUAAAUGGCUCUUCAGAAAUUAAUUAAUUAAUUCGUUUCUUUAUUAGUUUGUAAUUUCUUUGCUGGGUUUAGGGCAAUACAGAACUUGUAUUAAUUGCUAACACUAUAUUUUCAAUUCGUUAUAUUUGGUCCAAUUUCA